CUUAAUUCAAGGGAAGCUACUUGGGGGGAAAGUCAAUAAAUGAAAGGAAUAAUAUAUUUUAUCAUUAUUGUAUUAAAAGCUAUUUAAAACUCUAGAUCUAUAUCUAGUUUCAAUACCCACUAGAUAGUCUAGAUCAUUUCUUUGGCACAAGAAACCAAUUUUCUAUUCAUGUUUACUUCUUGUAUUAGAACGCUUAUAAAGUCAUUUAGAAAAUACGACCUUUUUGGAAAUAAAAAACAACAUUUCAAUCUCAAAUCAAGUCUAAAAUUAAAAGUUCGGAAACCAUUGGCUUCUGAGGUUCUUACUCGUCACUUGAGUCAGCGCAAACUUCCUCACUGGACAUCAUUUUGUGUCUACUAUCACGACGUUAUCAACGAUCAGUUUGGUGAAUCUCAUUUUAACUGGCAGGUUGAUGGCAAAAAUUAUCAUAUUCUACGGACAGGCUGCUUCCCAUUUAUAAAAUAUCACUGCUCCAGUAGACCAUAUGCUGAUCUAGAGGCAGAAAAUGCUUUUUAUACCUUUCUAAAAAUAUUAAAUUUAGGAAUACCAACAUUGGCUUAUGGAAUAGGAUCUUGGUUUUUGGUCAAGCACUCAGAAGAAGUCAUUAUGCCCGAUGGUAUAGUUGUGAAAGUCUAUUUUCUCAACAAAGAGAAACCUGAUGCGAUACAAAUAAAAAUGGUGUUUACAAAAGUUAAGCCCAAUAGUUCCAUUGAACACAGUGUAUUAGAUUGUACUGAAAGUAAAGAUGAAUCACUAGUUGAAGAAGUAGAGGAAUCAUUAGUUGGUCAAACUGACAGCAGCACUUCCAAACAUGAAACUUUAAGUGUUAGUGAUUCAAGUCAAAAUGUUUCCAAAAAAAGUAAAGGGAAACUUAAAAAAAAAGUUUCUUAGAUUGUAUACAACUUUUUUUUUUUUUACUAUGGUAUUUAAACUUUUCUAUUGAAACUCUAUUGAGUUGCUUAUAAACAUUUAAACAAUAGGUUGUUACAGCCAUUUAUAAAAUUUAUUUAUAGCAUAUUUUUAAUAGAAAAACACUUUUACUUUUGUAAUUAUAAUUAUAUUUAUAAUGUUGCUGUGCCUUUUUCUAAAUCACAAUAUUGUUAAUAAAAAAAUACUACCAGGUCUUCUUAACAUGCACUAACUCUUUGUAUUCUAUCAACAUCUUAACUGACUGACAAUUUCUUAUUUGCAGGUGCUAGGUCUGCUCCCUUUUUUUAAUCUUCAACCUUCCAAGAUCCAAAACAAAACCUAGUAAACUUUUAAAGUCUGAAAAUCAUGGAGAUGAGCAAGCUUUGUUGAUAGCAGCACAUGACAUUCUGACAUUAAAUUACAAUCUGAAGAGCAGUUGAGCUGCAUAUUUACUGAAGUUAAUCUCUUGAGAGAACAGUGGCUCAUUCUCAAAUGUAAUGGCAAAUAUUAACAACUUGUGAUCUUUGUGUAUAUAGGUCUAUCAGCUAUAAGACUAUAAACUUUAACACAUCUGCUGUAUGAUCUUUUUUUAUCUCUCAAGUUUUUCUUAUGAUGACUGAAAAAAAAAGGAGCUUUUUGUUCAAAUGUUUUGCCUCACAGUUCAUGUAACAAAUAAAAAAAAAUAAUUAUCAAAAUAAAAUCCACCCCCCCUCUCAUUAGCUCAUAGAUAGACUGACAAUUUGGUGCUAUGCAUGUUUUUUGUUGUUUUUUUUUUUUUGGUUGUAUAUUUUUAAGUUUGUAUGUAAAUGACUUUUGUUUAUCUUUUUAAUUUCCUUUUCGAUGGAAUAAGAAUCUAUGAAAGUUGUGUAAAUAGACAUAGCCAUUAACAUGAAAGUCUUGCUUAAUGACUCUAAUGAGGUGAAGAUAGUGAAUGGUUAAAAUAAUUAUAUUUAGGGUGCUUCUGAAAUGGUUGUACAUUCUCGGCUGCACUGAUAAUGUUAGAUUUGGCAUUAUACAUUGUAAAUGCAAUUGUAUUUUAUUAUAUCUCUAAGAAGGUGCUGCACAACCAAUGUCUUCUGGCCCAUGUAUGAUCAAUGAAGAUGCCAUCCAGCUUCUUGUCCAUAUUGCAUAACAGAGCUAUUGUGUCUGGUUCCAUUUGACUUUAUAAUUUCUCUCCAUGAUACAGCAUGUGACAGGCAUUUCAUUUGUCCCUAGGUAAAAAAAUAAUAAUAAUAAUAAUAAAAGCUAUUCCUGCUUUAGUAUAUCAGAUGUGUAAUUACAAAUGUCAAAAAUAUUGUUUACUAAAUCAUAUUUAUUUAUUUUUUCUCUUGUUUUUAUUUAUUUGCAUAUUUUAGUGACAGGAUAUUUUCCAAUUUAAAAGAAGGCCUAAUUGUACAUUGAUAGACAAAAAAAGUAAAAACACUCUCUUAAUUAUA